CAUAACCUUUCCUUAUUCCCUUUUUCAGACCCAUCAUAUUCUAUAUGAGCAGCGAAAGCAUAUUGCAGGGACUUGCAUAACCAACUUCUGGCCCAUAUAUAAUGCUUGUUCAGCGCAGAUGUCCCUUACUUUUGGGAACCAAAUUAAGGAACCCGUUAUUUUGACUUACUCUGCUAGACACCAGAAUUAGUCAGUACCUGCAAAAGAGAAAGCAAAGCAAAAACGUUACUGGAAUCGUGUAUGAGAUCAUGCUAAUGAAUAUGCAGUAGCACGCAUCAUAACUAACUAACCUAUAGAAAUGCACCUGUCCAUUCUUAGUGUAUGGAAAUCAAUGAAGGUCAUAGUAGGAUGGGUUAGAAUUUAGCUGCCCAAGACCCUAUAAAUACACACAUUGUUGAGCUGAGUUGCGUUUUCUUUGGGCUUCUUUGUGUUCAACUCUUCUGUUCCUUAAAUUUUCUCAAGGCUCUUUAAGUUCUUCUGAAUCCAUCUCUCUGUGCUCCCCUCCAACUUGUUUAGAUUAUAGGACUGCUGAACUGCCUUAUACUCUACCUACCAGGACCCUCAACUUCACUGGCUGCACAGACAGACAUCGGUCGGGGAAAACGAUAGGAAUGAACAGCCCAGCCCUGUCUCACCAGCUCUCUGUGUGACCGUCUCAUGUGGUAGAGGAUCCUCAACAGAGGUCCCCUGCUCCGCCCACCCCACCAAGAGACCCUCAGACAGGAUACCACACUCUGCUCCCAACAGACAGCAGUUUGCAGGUGCCAGGUCAGACGGCGGAGGAGGCAUGGCCCAGUCAAGGAGAUCAAUGGUGGUCCCUCGGCAGGACUCCCGUGGGACAGACAUCUUCCGCAAUGACAGCGGGGAUUGCGUCAUCCGCUCCGACCUGGGCUGCUACCUGCAGACACCUGAUUUCCUGGAGAAAGGGAGCAACAUUAAGAUCCGCAGACUGCACCCCGCCUGCCAGGGUGGGGACCACUACGUGGCCAGCAGGGAGAACCCCGAUAUUUACAUCCUCAAGGGUGACUCCUACCGGGUGGUACAAGACCUGAGCACAGAUAGGGGAGCUCAGAUCUUUCAGCUGCAUCCCAGGUGCCGUGGAGGGGACCACUACGGGAGGCUUCGUUGGGCUUUCUUCAUCAUUUUCCAAGGCCGGGGUGUCAUCCGCAGAGUGGACGAUUUGAGCACAGCUGGAGGUGAAACCGACCUUGUCCUGCCUCCGGAAUACCGCACGGGGCUCUACUAUUUCGGGAUUGAUCAAUACCUCACCAUCAUCAAGUUGGAUGAGAAGUGGGGGGUGCAAUUCUUCCUGUAUGGGGAUGAGAGAUUUCAAUUCCUGGAUUCCUACUUCUCCAUCCACCCUAACGUGCUGAACUUCUUCCCCGGGGGCCUGGCCUGCACCCAGGGGUCCUCGACCGCUGGCUGGGAGUGCAUCAAAACUCUCCACAAUACGUCCGACUCCACCAUCACCUGGUCUGACAAGGUCGUCCGCAAGGUGGGCUACACCAAGCAGCAGAUGUCCAGUAUUGAGUACAGCUGGAGCAUCUCAGCAGAUAUGUCCCUGGGGAUAGGAGAUCUCACCAAACUCAUCACUCAACUCCAGUUCUCCCUCAACACGGAGUACGGCGGGAGAAGCGUCCGCACGGAGCAGGAGGACUGGAACGAAGCCCAGGAUGAGGAGGAGUCAAUCCAAGUGUCCCUGGAUCCCCAAAAAAGCCUCUACAUCUGGCAGUACCACCUCGGCAUUGGCCAGAAGCCCGUCUUGUUCUGUAGAGACAUGCAGUUCACCAAAGAGGACAUCCCGCCCGACCACAUCCCGUUGCCUCCAGUCCUCUAAGUAUUCAGGAGGAAGUUGACACCAUGUUGCUAUUCUGAAUGCAUGGAGCUCAACUUCUUCGUCGUAGUAUUUCCCGUUCCGAUCUUUCCCUGCCUAACCUUUCAUCCACCUGAUCCCAGCUGUUUCCCCAGCUGAUUUUCCUCCCGUCUCCAAGCUUGACCCAAAUCUUGCUGAGCACAAGGAUAGCUUAAUUAAAAUUCCUUCCUUCCUAGUAUCGUUAAUACAGCUGAUGAGAAAAAGUGUUUGAUUUCCUUAUGGAAAAUGUGGACUUUCUAUUGAAAAAAACAAAACAAAAAAAAAAGGUCCAAAACAUGCUGGUACUGCAGAAAAUUAGGCAGAAAAUGACCAAAAACAGUAAAAAAAAUUGCAAAAAACAUGCCAACGACUGAAAGAAAAAUGAUUGGCAAAAGGCUGCUCCAACAAAUACAAUUCUAUUACCUGAAAAUGGAGACAUAUUUCAUUUUUUGCCAAGCAUUUUUGGAGUUCCUGACUCCAAAAUAUGACCCUGUUUUCGAGGAAAGUCCACACUUUCGCAAAACCACCCAAUUGCCCCGGAAAAAUCAAUAUCUCAGCCAGCUUGAGGGAUGAUGAAACAUGCUCCACCCAAACUUUGUCCUCCACCACUUCGGCCUUUUCCAUUCUUCGCUAGCGCCUCACCUAAACCUCCUUCCGAAUCUCGUCCGCACGGCCUGUGAUUGAAUGGCGUGUUCUCACUCCAACUUUUCCUGUUACUCAGAGACUGGGGAGAAUCCAGUAGAAACCAGAGGAAUGGGUAAAGAGUUUGAUGUAAAAGCUCUGUAAAAAUACUUGCACAUGACCCAACAUUGCUCCGGUCCUGAACUAUGAUCAGGUUUUAAAAUAAAAGAAAAUUGUAUACGCUUUAGAUAAAUGCUGAUUUUUAUAGGGCAGGGGGUGGGGAGUUUGGGGGGCAG